GCUCCAAGCCCCCCGCCCCGCCCUCCACCAGCCGAGAGCGCAGAGCCGGAGCAGGGCACCGCGCGGGCUCCGGACCGGCCGCCACCACCCAGCUGCUGAGGGUGCCGCGCGGUUGCAAGAACCCCUGCUCGCUGCGUGGCCUUCUCUGGCCAGCUGUGCGGGCGGCUGGACAGCAGCGGCAGCGACAGCGAGGACUCGAGCGCGGGCGGCAGCCGCGACACCAUGGAUCUGUCCUUUAUGGCCGCACAGCUCCCCAUGAUGGGAGGUGCCUUCAUGGACUCGCCCAACGAGGACUUCAGCACCGAGUACUCCCUCUUUAACUCCUCCACCAACGUCCACGCGGCCUCCAAUGGCCAAGGGCAGCCGGAGGAGCCGCCCAGGUCCUCCAACGACGCGGUGCUGCUCUGGAUCGCCAUCAUAGCGACACUGGGGAACAUCGUGGUGGUGGGGGUGGUGUACGCCUUCACCUUCUGAGCCCUGGGGGGCUCCGGGCCAGUUUGUCUACGCUGCGCUCGCCGCGGGCGCUGUGCCUGCUGGCCUCUGACCGCACCCAUGUUCUAGAACCACGAGUUCUGAUCGGGGACACAGCCUCUCAAGCAGAGCCACCAUGCAUCCGGAAUUUCCCCCAAGCAGCCCCGAUUUCAAAAACUCCCUGCUGUGGUUCUGCUGAUCCAGAAAAUGUGGAAGCCUGGACAUCCGGCGCCUGGAGGCACGAUGAGGCAAAACCUUCCAGGAACAGGUUGGAAAAUUCUUGAAACCACAUUCCACGAACAUGAGAUCGGAGGGAGCAGCCAAGUUUGGUUUAAAAUACAGACAUGAUUGGAUGAUCCCUUGCUGGCACUAAAUCAUCAAACAUAUUAAUAUCACACCUGGGGUGUGGGGUGCUGGGGCAAGGGCGGCCUUCAAGACCCAAGUGUUUCCAGCCCAAUCUGAUUUCUCACUCGGCCCCUCGGGAUAUCGGUGGUGGUCCCUGGAAAUGUCAUAGAACAUUCCUCCUUUGACUUGGAAAUGGCGACUUUGAUGCCCGUCACCUGACCCCUUUGAAACCCAAGGAUGGGGGACUUCCUGGUGGCGUGGCUCUCAGGGGUGGUAGUGGUGGUGAUUUUUACCCGCCGGAUGGACUUUCUCGUCUUUGUAAAGAGCAGAGAAGGCACCUUUAAAAGUUAGACCUGCCAGGUGGAUAACUCUUCUGGCUACCCGCCCAAGAGGCUCCUUCUUCUCUGAGAAGUCACGGGACUCUAGAGAUGAGGUCUGUGCAUCUCGUGAAUUGGUGGGUGGGAGAGAGAGGGGCGUGACUUGCCUGUGGUCCCAGAGUACAGAACAGCAGGGGUCAGAGCAGGAGAGACAUUUCCUGACUGUGAUUUCAAGGCUGUCUCUGCCCCACCUCAGCCCUUCCUUGAGCACAUUCCCUUCUCAGCUGCCCUGGGUGGCGAGGGACUAUCCAGAUGGUUCUGAAGCUGUGUGCAGGGUGGGAGGGGCGUUAAGACACCCACACUUUAAACUCCACUAGGCUGCUGUGCACUCUUGCAGGUGUAAUUGUGAUCUGCCUGAGUCAGUUUCUUGAUAUGCUUAAAAAUCAGUGGCUGGGGAAUCCUGACUAGCCUGGGAGCCCUCUCAUUAAGACAACAGGCUUGUUGGCCUUUGACUGCACCCACGUGCCGGGAGAGAUUCACACAGCAAAGGACUCGCUUUUCUUCCAUCCUUACGAAAGUUCAUGGCAAAGCGUCCCCCUCCCCAAGAGAGCCCUCCCUAUCCCUCCAAGAGUAGGGGGAGCUAGGACACAGGCUGGCUUGCCCGCAAGGCCAGAGUGGCUUUUUCCUUGCUUCCUCCCUACAGUUGUACAAAAGGAAAUAGAUGGCAUAAACUCCCUCUCGGUGGCUGAGAAACUUCAAAGACUGGUAAGGAAGCCCUCAUGCAUAUUUGGGGACAAUUGUAAAAAAAAAAAAGAGAAGGCUGAAUUUGUUGUUGCGGUGUCAGGAGAAAAGGAAUAUUCUUGAUGACAGGCGAUGUCUGGAGGUGGCCGCUUGUCUCUGGGAGGUUGGCCCCGAGCUGCUGCAUUAAUGGGGUUACCAGCCUGACCUCCAGAUGUCUUUGACCUUCAGUUGACCUUCAGCUCAAGUGGCGGUCAUGAUCGCUGAGCAUUAGCGUGGCCUUUGGGGAUUGGGAGAAGGGAUGUGGCACCGCCUCCCUGGACUCUUUCUGGAACCGCUGAGCGGAGCGGGCCUCGCCAUCUGUAGGCAGGACCAGCUUGGAGGCAGGGCUCGGUGGUGGCAGUUUUGAGUACAGCAUCUCAGCUGCUUCUCCAGUAACCUUCUCUCUGUCAAGGCCUGGGCCCUGCCUGCCCCAUGAGCAAGGUCUUCCUUAGAUAGACACGUGUCUUCAUGAGCAAACCCAAGGAGUGAAGUCCAGAGCCAGGGUUGGGGAGACAAGCUGUCUUCAUGGGGCUCACUCCCGUCCAAACACCCCCAUUCUUUGCCUUCUGAACCCAAAAGCCUGAAGCCCUGUCUGAGGCAGGUAGUGGCUCCCUGUACUCAAAUGGCCUGUGGGGAUGACCCUGGGAGAGAAGGUUCUAUGUUUGGUAACACGGGGAGGAGAUGGGAAGAGAGGAAAGGUUGACUUUUAGCUCUAAGGAGGCCCCCAACCUUCCAGGGCAGCCCUGGGGGGCCCCAUGUUCACUGGGUGUUUCUGGGCACAGGAGUCUCCCCUAUGAAGGUUUUCUUUCCCUUGACGAGAAUGUUAGUUAAAUACAACUUUCAAGUCUUUCUCUCUUCUUAAUGUCAGGGCCAGAGAUGAUCAGGAGUUUCAGGGACCUUCUUGUCCAUACCUGACAUCCAUACGGAUCGCAGUGUCUCACCCAGGGUCAGCCCACUCCAUCUCCUAUGAUUUUGUUUAUUUUUUUCCAGCUUCACUCAGAUAACAUCGGGGAUUGACAUGCCAGUUAAUUUCCAGCCAGAGUGCGCUAUCUUCUCCCUCUGGCCACAGAGGGGGAUCUGUCUUUGAUGUUAAGUGAAGGCCAUAUUGCUUGACUCUGUCCAAGCCUUGUGCCCUGUUAACAGGCACAGAUUGAAUCUAAUCUUCACCAUUACCUUUGGUGGCGCUAGUGGUAAAGAACCCGCCUGCCAAUGCAGGAGACCUAAGAGAUGUGGGUUCAACUCCUGGGUCGGGAAGACCUCCUGCAAGACGGCAUGG